AUGGACAUCCCAUCAAUAUAAGAUUCACAAGAUAGAUUGAUUGAGCAAAGAAUUCAUAAGUAAAUUGGUCAUGGAGUGCUCGCUACAAUGGAUCAGGCAAGACUAGAAAAAAGAGAGGCCUAAGAAAAUUUAAGAUAGUCACUUAACAUUAGAAACUAGAAAUACUAUUAAUAAUGGAGAGAUUAUGACAUGCUUACCUGUAUUUUGGCAAUGAUUGGAAUCACUCUAGCUGUUGUAGAGCAAGAAGCGCCAGGUUAGGAAUAUAAAAACAGAGAUGUUCAAAAGAUCAAGGAUAACUCAUUCGUCAGAGUUAUCAUUACAGUCACAACAGCCCUAGCAGUUGUAUCCUUGCUUUUUAGAAACUGGCUAUACGUUCACUGGAAAGAUUUUAAUAAUUCCAGAGAACUUCAAAUCAAGUUUAUUGAACUUGAGAUUGAUUAGCAUGAAUAGUAACAAUCUGCUGAGCAAGAGAAUCAUGAUGCUGGACACCAAUUUGACUAGAAUAUGAAAAAAUCAAGAAGUAGAGUCUCAUCACUGGUUGAAAAAAGAAAGAAAUAUCUAGUGACAAACAAGAGAUCCAAUUUUAGCAAAUUCAUAAGAAAGGUAUUUUCACUAGAAUGCAUUUUUGAAAUCAUCAUUCUUUGCGUGCAUCCAUUCCCAUAUCUUGAGGAGGAAUAUACAUUCUAAAUUAUCAAUAUGUUCAAUGAGAAGGAUAGAUUUGUCGGUGUCAAUUACCUUUUAAGUGAUUUCUUAUUCGCUUUUAUGUUCCUCAGAUUCUACUUCUUACUCAGAACAAUCACCAACUUCAGCACAUACAGUGAUUUAUCAAGUCAAAGAAUUUGCAAUAGCAAUGGAUUCACCUCCAACAUGUCAUUUGUUCUAAAAGCUAACAUUUAAAAGAACACUGGAUUGACAGUCCUUUUUACUGCUGUUGGCUCAGUGAUGUGGCUUUCAUAUUUACUAAGAAUCUUUGAAAAAAUCUAUUAUCAAAGUCAGGGCUUGAUUGUAUUUGACUCUUAUCUGACUGCAAUGUGGUGUGUGGUUAUUACAAUGACAACUGUUGGUUAUGGUGAUGUCUAUGCUGUCUCACCUUUCGGAAGAUACAUCUCUAUUAUCAAUGCUCUCUGGGGCGCCUUUAUCAUUUCCAUGCUCGUCGCUUCAAUUGGAAAAGUAUUUGAUAUGUCUGAAAGCCAGAAAAAAGCUAUUGUUGAAAUCACUAAUCGCAAAAAAGCUGCAAUUUCAAUGAAAGCUUCCCUUAAAUUUUACAUUGCAAAAACUGAAUAUGAAGCUGAUCUUAGCAAGAAGAAGCUUAAGUCUAUUUUGACAAAUGCUAGUGCCCUUGAGACUGCAGAUUAUGUCCCAACAAAAAUGGAAAUCGAUAAGUUAAAGGAAAAAAUGAUUAAGGCAUCAGAUGAAAUGAGAAAAGAAAGAAUAAACAACAAUGAGGAGAUCUUGCCAAUUGAUGAGGAUGGAAACAACAUUGAGCUUAUUAAGAACCAGGUUUUGGAUAUCAAUGACAAAUUCGAUUAUAUGGUGCAAAUGCUUCUUAAAAGUAAUCAACUAGUUCCAAGUAGCGAUUAAGUUGAUAAGCAUGAAGAAAUGCAGUUCAGACUUAAUGAUCCUAAAGAAGGCACAGAAUCCCUUAUUGAUGGAGUCAAUGAUGAGGAACUUAUCUAGUUUGUGUAGAAAUUCGAAGAGACCGCCAAAUUGAAUGCAGGAGAGGAACGUGCUUAGUUCAGAGAAAAGCAAGCAGAGAGACCAUUGAUGGAAAGAAUCAAUGAGGCUAUUAGAUACUAUGAAUAGAAACAAGCAGAGGAGGAAGACAGAUAGAGAGUAUAAGAGACAGCUAGAAAGUUAUUUACAUCACCAAGUAAAGAAUAUGACAAUCAAACUCCCCAGUGA